AUGGGAAGGAUCUACAGCCAGAAUUUCUCAACCAUUUUCAAAACUCAAUUGGACAGCUUUACCAACACUACCCAGAGGAGGUUGUUAAAGCUAAGGGACAUGGCAAGGGGUCUGUUGAAGCACAAGAUAGGGAAGGGUACUAACACUAUGAUGUGGCUGGACUAUUGGCUUCCAAAUGGUCCUAUUCUUAACCAAAUUUACCCCAAUGAUGGGGAAAUUCUUCAACUGGACUUGAGAGUCAAAAUUGAUAGAUUAAUUUCCUUGAAUCAUUGGGAAGUCCCUGACUCACUUGCUCACAUUCCAUUCUUCCAAUCACAGAGUUUCCAAUCUCAACUAAAUGAGCUGCCAAACCCAUCCUCUGAAGCUGAUUCAUAUUCAAAGGUAAUCUGGUCAUACAUUCAGCACUCAAUUGGGCUUUACAUCCAACCUUCUUCCUGGAAUGAUUUGAUCACUUGGUGCUCUUCACACUGGAGUUCAAUGGGAUUCUUGGUCCACAAAUUAUUGCUCUCAACUGCUGUCUAUUUUCUUUGGAUGGAGAGAAAUAAUAGAGCUUUCAGAAACUCAUCCUCACCCCCAAAUACUAUCAUCAAUCAGAUUAGGAAAUCAAUUAGAGGGAGGUUGGCUUCAAUCAAGUUGAAGAAAAUAGCUGACCUAAGAAAUAUUAACAAGCUUGAUAACUUGCAGAAACUCUUUAUGGAAAGUUGCAGCUUAGCUCAUGCCCAGGCUCUUAUCACUGAUUAG